ACUUGAUCAUUAUUAUCUGUGGGCAGCAGCGGAGGCGAUUAAGUGCCUUAUACGUGGAAUUCUCUCCAACUGCACUCAGUCAACCGGCGAAGCUCGUAAUAUGACGACGAUUGUGUGUGAAAUGAAAUCAAGUCACAUCGAUGAGGCAAGACUCUUUCUAGCCGAGCAUUUCAACAAGCAUGAACCCCUACUGCAGACACCCGGCAUCCAGCUACCGAAAGCGUCACCCGAUCCGAAGAGGAGAGAGUAUCACGAAUCGGUUAUUCGGCAGGGUUGUUCGCUGAUUGUCGUCGAUCAGAGCAACGAUGAUCGCAUUGUGGGCGUGGCCUAUGCUGGAGUGCUCAAUGCCAGCGAACUAGAGCAGAAUUGGCUUGAAUUGAGCGAGAAGCGGCGCACGCAGCCAAUGGAGCAUAUCGAAUACUUUCUGUGCAACAUCAAAAGGAACGCUCGAUUGUUUCAGCAAUAUGGUGUAACCGAUGCCCUCUAUCUAAAAAUGAUAGCAGUGGAUUCCUCAAUGCGUCGUCAAGGUCUUGGUCGCCGUUUGGUAACUGCUCUGAUCGAUGUAGGUCGGACCAAGGGAUUCCCUUUGCUGGUGGCAACCUGCACUGGCCUCUACUCGACCCGACUGAUGGCAUCUCUGGGCAUGGAGUGCGUGCACUCGGAAGACUAUGUUGCCUUCAAGGACGAGGAUGGUAAUGUGGUGCUCAAGCCACCGGCACCUCACACAAAGGCUAGUGUUAUGGCGUUGAAAUUGUAGACAAUUUAAAUGGAAAUUCAAUCAAAUUCGGUUCAAAUAAUGCACAAAAAUUGUACAAAUUACCUUGUAAUAAAACCAGGAUCUUAUUAAUUUUAUAAAUAAAUUGCAAAUAUAUUUCUCGUGAUUUUUC